AUGGGCUGCCAGACGUCCAAGGACGUUUUGCCGGCCAGCCCCAGUGAGCAGCAGCACCCCAGCCUCAGCCAGAUCUUCCUGCAGGCCGCCUCCAAGCAGCAGGCGCGCGACGAGAGCGGCGUGGGCGCGCACCGCCCGCCCACCAGCGACUCGCACCGCGACGUCUUCAGCAUCUUCGGCGAGCGCGGCAUGGUGCUCGAGGCCGCCGAGGCGCGCUCACCCUCCGCCAGCGACUGCUCGCCCGCCAGCCCGAGCGGCAGCGUCUUCUCCACCGCCACCACCGCCUCGGACACCGAGCGCACACUGGUGCUGCACCGACCUGCAGGCCAGUACUUCCCGCAACUCCGAGUGAGUUACGGCGUCUACUCCGACACGGGGAUUCGCAAAAGCAACGAGGACAGACAGACCAGCAUCUCGCGCACCGUCGACGACGAGCUCGUCGCCUUCUUCGGACUCUACGACGGCCACGGAGGCCCCGAGGUCGCCGAGUACUUGGCCGCCAACCUCCACGAGAACGUGUUCACGCACCUGCGCAAGCCCACGAACGAGCCGGAGUCUGCACGGAGCCUGCAGUCGCCCGACCUGGAGCUAACAGACGCCGUCCGGACAGCCUACGCAGCGACAGAUGAGGAGAUCUUCAAGCAGCAGUUGCCCAGCGGGUCCACCGCCGUGUCGGUCGUGGUCCGGCGCUCCACCGCGCUGGUGUCUUCUGUAGGCGACUCGCAGGUUGUAUUGUCCUCGAACGGCCAGGCCAAGGACAUGUGCAUCGCCCACACACCCGACCUCACCAGCGAACGGGAGCGGAUCCUCGCAGCAAAGGGACAGAUCUCCAAGGGCCGGAUCUACGGCAUGCUCGGCGUGUCGCGGGCGUUUGGAGACAUCGACUUCAAGACCGCGCGCGGUGAGUUCAAGAGCAGGUUCAAUGGAGAUCUGGUCAGCGCCACACCCGACCUGGUAAUCCACGAGAUUAAGAGCCAGGACGAGUUCAUGGUGCUUGGCUGCGAUGGCCUAUAUGACGUGAUGGAGCCCCAGGACGUGGUCAACUUCGUACGCGCCAAGCUGGGCCUCCACGGAGACGUGCAGCACGCGGCGGAGGAGCUCGUGAGCCACGCCAUCGCGCUCGGGUCCACCGACAACGUCAGCGCCAUCAUCGUAUGCUUCAACCAGGACGAGCAGGAGGUUGUGCCUGUGACGCCCAUCGAGGCAGCGCAGGCGGCCGAAGCUCAGAAGAAGCGCGCGGCCGCCGCCACGGUGAACUCAGUGUGA